ACAAACCUCCUUCUACGCACUCCAUUCUAGCCUCUACAGUAGAAUUAGUUGGCGCGGCUUGUUCACCGGUCCAUCGUUUGUUUAGUAUAGGGACAUUGUAGGUGAGAGGAUGGCGGACGAGCAGUGUUCAGUUGGUGUCAGUGCUAACACUGAUGUAGAGAGCAAGAAGCUGAGUGAGCUGCGUGUUAUCGAUCUGAAGGCCGAGCUGAAGAAACGGAACUUGGACACUAGCGGGAACAAGAGCGUCCUCAUGGAAAGGCUGAGAAGGGCUAUUGAGGAGGAGGGUCGUGAUCCCGAUGAGAUCCAAUUAACCACAGAUACUCCUAGCAAAAAGAUUCCAAAGCGCGGUAGUAGAGUGCAAAAGCAUGAAGAAGUUGAUGAUGGCGUAGAGGAUGAUUCGGGUGAUGGUCAGGAAAAUGAAACCGCAAGCCAGGAUCAAGAAAAUGAGAAAGUGUUCGAGAUAUUCUGGGAAAAUGAUAAAUGUGAACAGCCUAAAGAAGAGGUUUCGGAAGUAGAACAUUCAGUUAAUCAAGAGGAUAGUUGUAUUGAGCCAGAGAAUCCCAAGGAGGACCAAGAGGUUUUUGUGACCAUCGAAUCUGCAGACAGCACCUUGGAUUUAGAUGGAGACUCAAAUCAAGGCUGUGAAGAUGAAGAAAGUAAACUUUUUGCUUCAGAUGAUAGGGAGUCUAAAGAACAAAGCACUAACAAGGAUACAGACGUUGAAAGGACAGAUCUAGAUAAAGCAAGUGGCCAGAGUAGCCAGAUUCAUCUUAAUAUGUCAGAAAAAUUAGAGAACAAAAGAAAACCACCAGAUGGUGAAGACGUAACCAUGAAAAGUAAAGAUGCACCAGAAGAAAGCUCUGCCAUAAAAGAGUCCUCUUCAAAAGAGGAUGAUCAGAAAUUGAGUUUGGCCGAUGAACAACCUGAUAAAAGCAUCACAAAAGAUGAGAAAGGGCAAUUUGAUGCCAGUUCUGGUAAGAAUUUGUGGGUGAGUGGACUUUCAUCUACCACAAGAGCAACAGACUUGAAGAAUCUCUUCAGCAAGUAUGGGAAGGUUGUUGGUGCAAAGGUGGUAACUAAUGCUCGAAGUCCUGGAGCACGCUGUUAUGGAUUUGUGACUAUGUCGUCCUCGGAAGAUGCAACAAAAUGCAUUAACCAUCUUCACAGAACAGAACUUCAUGGAAGAAUGAUUUCAGUGGAAAAGGCAAAAAAUGAACCUGCUGGUAAGAAAUCUUCAGACAAGAAAGAACAUGAAUCAAAAAGAGAGAAAUCAAGUGACUGGCGACAUUCAACUGACAGUUUGGGAAAUUGUUCAUCAGACAAGAAAGAUGUGUAUAAUAAAGAUGAUGGCAAACCUGCAGAAAAGGAUAAGGAAGAGAGUGGAAAUAGAACUUCUGAUCGUUCCAGAGCUAGCAAAUCUGGAAGCAGAGAUGCUGAAAGGACUGUCAUCAUGGAUAAAUCAAAGGGAGAGCCUGUCAUUAGUGUAAAAACAUCUUCUGAAAGGAGUUCCAAAAGCCAAGAUCGAAACUCUGAGAGUAAAGAAAAAAGAGAGAUGCUUUCUUUUGAUAAAAUUAAGAAACAAAGGGAGCAUGAACGCCAGAGGCAAAGAGAAAGAGAAAUAAGAGAAAUGGAGAGACAAAGAGAGCGGGAUAAAAGAGUACGAGAGCGUAUCAUUAUCGCUCGUGAAAGAGAAGAACGCGAGAGACUACGUCGAGAACGCGUAAGACUUGAGUUUGAGAGGGAACGUCUUGAAAGAGAACGUAUGGAGCGUGAGAGACUGGAAAGGGAGCGAAUGCGAAUAGAGGAGGAAAGGAGGAUUGAACAGGAUCGUAUCCAGAGAGAGCGAGAAGAGCUUCGUCGCCAGCAAGAAUGUCUACGCUAUGAACAGGAUCGCAGAUCGGGGGUCAGGAGGCCCUAUCAUACAGAUUUCAGGAAUACCCCCUUGUUUGCCAAGUCUUUUGUGCGGUCCACAAAGAGGAGCUUCCCUGGAGUCCCCUGCUCACUGGCGGUUAUAUACUAAGCUGUGCUGCCGGAA